UUCGGAACAACACACAUGUUAGGAGGGGAGAAACUAUAAACUAUUUUCAAUGAUUAAGAGGUAUAAUAUAUGCCUAAAACUCUUCGAAAAUGAUGCAAAUAGAACUUGAAGUUGUUUUAAUAGGGUUCAUCUAUACUUAACAAUAAUCAAAGUUGGCAGGAGGCAUUACACACUAGAAGUUGUUUCCAAUGAUGAAGAGGUAUAUUAUAUUAACUAUUUUAGAAAAUUAUUCUAGUGUGUCUAAAACAAAUGAGUACAAAUUAUAUGAACAAAUUUCUUUUUCCCGAACAAUAUCAAUACAGCGCAGCACUCUUCUAAAAAAGCCAUCAACUUUUUGACUCAACUCUGACUGCAGUUCCGUUCCCUCCUUUUCAGUCGGUCGAUCGUCAGCAAUGGCGGCAUCGGUGCCUCCGCCGUCCGUUGAAGAGAAAAGAAUCGAGGUAUCAUCAUUUCCGAUACUACUUUCCGAGCAAAUUAAGGAUUCCGUCAAGGAAGCAGACUCAUUCAAAUUGGAGUGUUUCGAGAUCGGUAAACAAGUCGACCGUCUCUCUCAGAUGCUCCGCGCCGUCGCCCGUCUCUGUGCAUCCACAUCUGGCUCUGUGUAUGAGAGGCCGAUCAGAAGGAUUGUCAUGGAGGUGUCGAAAAAUCUCGAGCGGGCACUAACCCUAGUCCGGAAGUGCAAGCGGCGAAACGUCCUACGCCGCGUUGUCACUAUCGUGUCAGCCGCUGAUUUCCGGAAAGCUCUCAACCACCUCGAGUCUUCUGUUGCUGACAUGAAGUGGCUGCUUAAUGUCUUCGACGUUGAAGGCGGAGCCGGAGGUAUUGUUUUAUCCCUUCCCCCUAUUGCCAGUAACGACCCGAUUGUCUCUUGGGUUUGGUCUUACAUUUCAUCUUUGCAUUUGGGUCAAUUGAAUGAUAAAAUCGAAGCCGCAAAUGAAUUAGCUUCUUUAGCUAAAGAUAACGACAGAAACAAAAAGAUUAUUGUCGAAGAAGGUGGGAUUUCACCUUUGUUAAAGCUCUUAAAGGACAGUUCUUCUCCGGAAGCUCAAGUGGCAGCAUCCACUGCAUUGUUUAAUAUAGCAAACUAUGAAGAAAGGGUUCGAGCUAUCAUUGAUCAGCUGGGGAUACCAAUUAUUGUUCAAGUGCUGGGAGAUUCCCCUAUGAGGGUUCAAAUAUGGGUGGCAAAUUUAGUGGCAAGGAUGGCAGAGUAUUCCCCACUAGCUCAGGAAGAUUUUGCAAGGGAGAAUGUGAUCAGACCUCUUGUCACUUUGCUGUCACAUGGCAUCCUUAUGGAUGAUCUGAAAUCGAAAGUUGGGAAACAAAGCAUUCACUCCAUUGUACAAAUUAACAAGGAAAUGGAGAGAAAAGCAUCAUUAGGGUCCUAUGGUUACAAGCAGCGAACUCUGGGAUCACCACUGUCACGACACUUUUCUGAUGGAAGCAGCCGUGGUGGUGGGAAUAACAGGAAGGAAAGAGAGAAUGAGAAGGCUGAAGUGAAACUGCAGUUAAAGGUUAGCUGUGCAGAGGCAUUGUGGAUGCUCGCCAAGGGGAGUGUUUCAAACAGUAAAAGGAUAACUGAAACUAGAGGUUUGCUCUGUUUAGCUAAGCUUGUUGAGACAGAACAAGGAGAAUUGCAAUUAAACUGCUUGAUGACAAUAAUGGAAAUAACCGCGUCAGCGGAAUCUAAUGCUGACCUUAGAAGGUCUGCUUUCAGGACAAAUUCUCCCGCUGCAAAGGCCGUUGUUGAUCAACUACUACAUGUGAUUAAAGAAUCAAACAGUCCCAAAAUGCAAGUUUCAGCAAUUAGGUCAGUCGGUUGUCUUGCUAGAACAUUUCCUGCAAGAGAGGUUUGGGUGAUUGGCCCUUUAGUUGAGCAACUAAGUAACAGAAAUCUAGAUGUGGCUGCAGAAGCUGCAAAUUCACUUCGGAAGUUUACAUGUCCUGAAAACUUUUUAAGUGUGGAGCAUUCAAAGACGAUAAUUGAAUUCAAUGCUGUCCCCGCUCUUCUGAGACUGCUGAGAGGGAAUGAACGGUCUCAGUUCCACGGAUUUGUUCUUCUAUGCUACCUCUCUGUGCAUGCCAGCAAUAAUGAUGCUUUGGAUCAACCCCGAGUUCGGACUGCCCUUGAGGGGGUGGACCGGACAUUGUUUAUCCAGCAUCCUGAGUUGAGAGGAUUAAUGUCAAGUGCGACAUACCACCUCGAUGUUUAUCACUCUGGAUUGCUUCUUCCUCAGCGUCAGUCUUUUUCUCCUUAGCAUUUGUUUUGGAAAAAAAAAAUGACUUUGUCAGAUGCCUUUGUCCGUUUGUACUUAAAGUUUUUGUUGAUACACUUGUUUACUCGUGUUUUAGGGGAGUGGUGCAUUUUUGUGAGGGGCAGAAAUAAGUUGUUCUUGCAGAGUUGCAGCAUGUAUCUUUUUCAGUUGUAAUUAAUAAAUUUUUGGAGGACAGUUGUGAACGAAUGAAAAGAUUUUGGUUAGAGGCGGCUUGAGCAUUUUGGAGGCCC